UUUUAUACGAGCGGGCUUACUGGCUUUAGCGUUACUUAGUUUUUUUGCUACGUUUGUACUAUCUCAGUUGUGGGAUUUUCUGUUUGGAUCGGUAAAGAACCAGUGUUUUUGUGAUAAACAGACCGAAUUUGUUAACAGAUUAUGAAUAAUUUCUAAAUAAUGGGAGAAUUCGAGACAAAUGUAUCUAAUCCGGAUAAAUUUGAAACCCUCUCCUUGAAUGAUCCACCUGAUUCAAAUGAAAUCCGUAAAACCUCUGUUUGCGAUGAUCAAGGAGAUUUAGGUCAGAAAGAGAUUGAAAUUAAAUCGGCUCUAGUGCAGCAAACUAAAGAUCUAUAUGAACAAUAUGCUCGGGAACAGUUUCCUAAAGAUUUAGAAAAACAAAAGGCAUUGGUAACCGAAAUGCAGGAUCAAUAUUUUGAACACUACCUCUCCGAAGUUUAUAGGUUCCAACUUGUUCAUCAACAGCAGCAACUUGAACAAUUACGAACGGUAAGAUCGGCCGUGAAAGAUUCUAACGAUGGGAAUUCUGAAUCUGAGAGAGAUUUUCUAGAACCAUUACCUCUCAUUCCUGCAACAAUAUGGACUCGUAAAGAUAUUGCAGAGUUCAAACGAGAAAUUCUCGAUGUACAGAAGGAAUGUUGUAUAAAGAUAAAUUCUUUAGCAACUGCAACAGUACGUGUUCCAACUCAUCCAAAUGGGAAAGCAAUAUGUUGGGAAUUUGCUACAGACAAUUAUGACUUAGGUUUUGGAUUGUAUUUUGAAUGGGAUUUGGAACCACCUGAAAAUAUUUCUGUUAAUAUUUCGGAGUCAAGUGAUGAAGAAGGCGGUGAAGAUGAGGAUGAAGAAGGACCUAGUAAUGGGAAUUCUAUGGAACAAACGUCGCCUGAAAACGAAAAUAAGGAAUCUCAUGAUUUGGAAUUAGGCAAAAAGUCAUUACAACAGCGUUUACCUACUGACGAACUUAUACCAAUCUAUAGAAGGGAUUGUCAUACAGAAGUUUAUUGUGGUAGCCAUCAGUAUCCAGGUGUUGGUGUGUAUGUAUUCAAAUUCGACAAUUCAUUUUCUCUCUGGCGUUCUAAGUGGCUGUAUUACCGUAUUUUCUAUACUCACUGAGUAGCUUCACACAGCCACCGUUCGAAACAUUGAAAUUAUGUUGUUCACAUUCUCUACGUUACUUCCGAUUCAAAUAUACUGUGAACCAGUUUGGUUCUCCUUCCCAUUGUUUUAUUUUGACAUGUUGCAAAUUGCUUCUGAUCUCAGCAUAUAUAUAUAUAUAUAUAUAUAUAUAUAUAUAUAUAUAGCAUUUAUCGCAUUUCAUAUUCAUGCAUCAAAAUCCUGCAUAAUUGAUUCUCUUCUCUUUAAAGUAUCCUUCAUAUUUUGGUUUGUUCUGUUUUCCAACCCUAAAGUAUUUUGUGUUGGAAUGAAUUAAUUUGCUUCAUUUUUUCAACAUUUAUUUCAAUUAUAGUAUUUUCUAAUAGUGAUUUCUUUUCUGCGCAACACUUCAUGAAAAGUAAAUGUCUGUAUUUGAAAUAUUCUGUUGAGUCCAUGAUUGACAAAGUCAUAAGCAACUGUAGUCAGAGUUUGUUGUAAUUUUAAAGUCUGUGUAUUGUUUAUAUAUCACUUUUACUUGAUAAGUAGCAUAGCAUUAAAAAUUCGGAUAAUUAAAUUAACCGGUACCAGAAUUUAUGUUAAU